AAUUCUUGGUGUUCACGAUCCGAGCCACGGGAGGAGCUCGCGCUUCCCUGGGAACGGUGGGACUCGGAGGCUGGCAGGCCACGGCCCCGGCAGUAGCGGCAACGACCCGGUCAGCGGCGCGGGAGCGCUGGUCCGGAGCGCCAUAUGAGACGGUUUAAGCGGAAGCAUCUUACAGCCAUCGACUGCCAACAUUUGGCUCGGAGUCACUUGGCUGUGACCCAGCCCUUCAGUCAAAGAUGGACAAACAGAGAUCCGAACCAUGGUCUCUAUCCUAGACCCAGAGCAAAAAGAGGGAGUAGGGGUCAAGGACGUCAAAGAUACAUCACUGAAUUCUUCUUAGCUCGCCACCGGCAGUGCACCAAUGACAUGGCCAAAAGCAAUUCUGUUGGCACGGACAACUGUAAGGACUCUGAGGGUGAAAUGAUCUUUCCUGCAGAGGGCAAUUAUGCCUUACCUCAGGAAGGUGAUGGGGAAGCUAGGUUGGGCUCUUCAGGAUCUACUCUGCCUUCAAGGAAGCGGUCCCGGUCGUUUGAGGAAGACAGUAAUCAAGCUACAGGGACCAGCCAGUGGCAUAGGGUUUCUAAGAAAACCCCAAGGCAUCAUUUGUCCAUGUCAUGCACAAGGCCUAGGGAAGAUAGGCAAGAAGCAGAGGACUGUUUCUCACAGCUCUCUGCAGAGUCUGGAGAAUCUAAUGAAGAAGUCGAGGACAUUGGUCCUGAUUCCAUUCCUGAUACAUACUAUGGACUUCUUGGGACCUUGACCUGUCAAGAACCCCCGAGCCUCAUUUGUAGCCUGCCUAGUGAAGUCCUGAGGCAUAUCUUUGCUUUCCUCCCUGUGGAGGAUCUCUAUUGGAAUCUAAGCUUGGUUUGCCACCUUUGGAGGGAGAUAAUCAGUGAUCCAUUGUUCAUUCCUUGGAAAAAGCUGUAUCAUCGAUAUCUGAUGAACGAAGAGCAAGCUGUGAGCAAAGUGGAUGGCAUCCUCUUGAACUAUGGCAUAGAAAAGGAGUCAGACUUGUGUGUGCUGAACCUUAUUCGAUAUACAGCUACCACGAAAUGCUCCCCGAGUGUAAAUCCCGAAAGGGUGCUGUGGAGCCUGAGGGAUCAUCCCCUCCUUCCUGAGGCAGAGGGAUGCGUGCGUCAACACCUACCUGAUCUGUUUAUUGCUGCUGGGGGUGUCAACGUGUGGGCUUUGGUAGCAGCCAUUGUUCUCCUCUCCAACAAUGUGAAUGACAUCCAGCAGCUGCUUUUCUGCCUCAGGAGACCUAGUUCCACAGUGACCAUGCCAGAGAUCACUGAGACCUUAUACUGCAUAGCUGUGCUUCUCUACGCCAUGAGGGAGAAGGGAAUUAACAUCAGCAAUAGGAUUCACUACAACAUUUUCUAUUGCCUGUAUCUUCAGGAGAAUUCUGGGACUCAGAUCACAAAAGUUAAAGAGGAACCAUCUGUUUGGCCAGGCAAGAAAACAACCAUUCAACUUACAAAUGAGCAACAGCUGAUUCUGAAUCAUAAGAUGGAACCUCUCCAGGUGGUAAAAAUUAUGGCAUUUGCAGGCACAGGGAAGACCUCUACUCUGGUCAAGUAUGCUGAAAAGUGGUCUGAGAGCAGGUUUCUUUAUGUGACAUUCAACAAGAGCAUCGCAAAGCAGGCUGAGCUUGUCUUCCCCAGCAAUGUCACCUGCAAAACCUUUCACUCCAUGGCUUAUGGACACGUCGGGCGGAAGUACCAAUCAAAGAAGAAAUUGAAUCUCUUCAAGUUAACACCCUUCAUGGUGAAUUCUGUCCUUGCCGAAGGGAAAGGCGGAUUCAUAAGGGCCAAGCUAGUAUGCAAGACUUUGGAAAACUUCUUUGCCUCUGCUGAUGAAGAACUAACUAUUGAUCAUGUGCCUAUUUGGUGUAAGAACAACCAAGGCCAGAGAGUCAUGGUUGAACAGAAUGAAAAACUGAAUGGUGUCCUCGAAGCGAGCAGACUUUGGGACAACAUGCGGAAGCUGGGGGAAUGUAAAGAAGAGGCUUACCAAAUGACUCAUGAUGGCUAUUUGAAACUCUGGCAGCUGAGUAAGCCUUUGCUUGCCUCUUUUGACGCCAUCUUUGUGGAUGAGGCCCAGGACUGUACCCCAGCUAUCAUGAAUAUAGUUCUGUCUCAGCCGUGUGGAAAAAUCUUUGUAGGGGACCCACACCAACAGAUCUAUACCUUCCGUGGUGCAGUCAAUGCUCUAUUUACAGUCCCACAUACUCACGUCUUCUAUCUCACCCAGAGUUUUAGAUUUGGUGUGGAAAUAGCUUAUGUGGGAGCUACUAUCUUGGAUGUCUGCAAGAGAGUAAGGAAGAAGACUUUGGUUGGAGGAUACAAUCAGAGUGGCAUUAGAGGCGAUACAAAGGGGCAAGUGGCCCUGUUGUCCCGGACAAAUGCCAAUGUGUUUGAUGAGGCUGUGCGGGUGACUGAAGGAGAAGUGCCUUCAAAGAUACAUUUGAUUGGGGGGAUUAAAUCAUUUGGAUUGGACAGAAUCAUUGAUAUUUGGAUCCUUCUUCAGCCAGAGGAAGAACGGAAGAAACAAAACCUCAUUAUUAAAGACAAAUUUAUUAGAAGAUGGGUACACAAAGAAGGCUUUAGUGGUUUGAAGAGGUAUGUGAUUGCUGCCGAGGAUAAGGAGCUUGAAGCCAAGAUUGCCGUGGUUGAAAAGUAUAAUAUCAGGAUUCCAGAACUGGUGGAAAGGAUAGGAAGAUGCCAUAUAGAAGAUUUGGACUUUGCAGAGUACAUUUUGGGCACUGUGCACAAAGCCAAGGGAUUGGAGUUUGAUACAGUGCAUGUCUUGGAUGAUUUUGUGAAAGUGCCUUGUGCCAGGCAUAAUCUCGCACAGCUCCCCCACUUCAGAGUUGAGUCAUUUUCUGAGGAUGAAUGGAAUUUACUGUAUGUUGCAGUGACUCGUGCCAAGAAGCGCCUCAUCAUGACCAAAUCAUUGGAAAACAUUUUGACUUUGGCUGGGCUUUUACAUUCCAAUCACCAAUAAUUAUCAAUGCAUCCUGAUUGCCUGUUCGAUCAAUUUCAGACUGCAGCAGCUGAUAAAAAUCUCCAAUUUCUUCAUCUUUGGCCUUAGUGGUUGGUGGGUAAGUUUGAAUAAUAGUCAUAUGAACUGGUCUUCUUUGUAGGUGUUUGGAUAUUAUCGUAUCACUGACAGCGUUGCACUUCAGGAUAGAUCUUGAAAUGUUCUUUUUGGAGAUGAAUGCAACGCCAUUCCUCUUCAAGUUGUCAUUCCCGGCCUAGUAUACUAUAUGAUGUCCAAUUCAAAAUGGCUGAUACCAGUCCACUUCAACUCACUAAUGCCUAGGAUAUCAGUGUUUAUGCAUUCCGUUUCAUUUUUGAUGAUUUCCAGUUUUCCUAGAUUCAUGCUUUGUACAUUCAAGGUUCCGAUUAUUAACGCAUGUUUGCUGGUGUUUCUUCUCAUUUUUGAGUCAUGCCACAUCAGCAAAUGAAGGUCCUGAAUGUUUUACUUCAUCUGUAUCGUUAAGGUCGACUGUACUUUGAGGAGGCAGCUCUUCCUCAGUCGUCUUUUGAGUGCCUUCCAACCUGGGGGAUCAUCUUCUGGCACUAUAUCAGACAGUGUCCUGCUCCUAUUCAUAAGGUUUUCACUGGCUGAUUCUUUUCGGAAGUAGACUGCCAGGUACUUCUUCUAGCCUGUGUCAAGUCUGGAAGCUCAGCUGAAACCUCUCCUCCAUGGGUGACCCUGCUGGUACCUGAAUAUUGGUGGCAUAGCUUCCAGCAUCAUAGCAACACAAUACGACAAACUGACAG